AUGCGGUCGCCGGCUAGGCGCGUGCGUCGGAGCAGCAGCCACGGCCGUGCGGGAUGGACUUACGCUAGCGAUGGCAAAGGCCAAGUGCUUUGGUACUGUCCUCCUGAUGGCGGUAAGGACGACAGAUGCGGGAGUAAGCCCCAGCUCAUCAGGUAUUGGGCGCAAAGUGGCAGCAAACCUCCCAAGGACGAUCAAUUCACCUUCAAGACGGUUGAUGCCCCCCUUCACUGGAAGAAGAUCGAGGUCAACAGCGACGGGGAAGAGGAGGACGAGCAAGAAGACCAGCCGAGGAGAAGCAAUGGUGCCAGCGUUGGUGGCGGGGGGGAUGAGAACUGCCAUAUUGAAGGAACCGGCGGAUCCGAUAGCUCGGUCGAAGGACUGAGUGGCUCAUCGCCCGCCAGCAAGGCUCGUCGAGGAAGGUCGCAGGAUACAGGGACCCAGCAGACGGGAAUUCCAAUGGCAGGGGGGGGGUCCCCCGAUGAGGACGCCGACUCCCCUUGGCCAAGUGCUGUCGUUGAGGAAGAAAUGGAGGGUGAGGUUACCAGCAAAGAGAAAGAGGACGAUAGUGAUCAGGAUUCCAGCGAGGAAGAAGAGGAAGAUGAUGAUGGUGUGAAGCCCCUGCCGUACGGCGACACGCAGGAAGAAGACCAGCCUUCGGCCGCGCCGCGGGACGACGGCGGGGCGGGGCCCACCGCCGUGCUCGACGAGGACCGAGCUGAGGAGGAAAAGCGACGGCGGCGGUAG